AUGUUCAGUAAUCUUAAAAACGAAGAUAAUUUAUUUGAAGAAAGACUUACCAAAAGAAAAUCAUUUACAACCUCGGAAGAAGCUAGAGACAUCCUGGAGAUUGGUACCCUUCAUUUGCAAAGAUUAAAUACACAAUGUCAAGAAGCUAGAUUAGAAAUUACCGGAUUAAAAUAUGAAUGUGAAUGCAGAGAAAGUGAAAUCGAAAAACUUGAUAAAGAACGUGAAAAAGAAGAAUCGAACGCUCUGAAACAUAUUUCCAUAUCACAAGACAAGGCAUUACAAGAUUCUGUUAAAGCUCAUAAAGAUGCAUUGUCGAUUCUUCGUAAAAUAUUUGUCGAAGAAGUAGUUUCAAUACAAAAACAAUAA